GUUCCUCCCCCCUCUCCCCCCCCUCUCAGGGUGUGUGUCCCACUCCAGGCUGCAGAGGAGUUGGUCACAUUAAGGGAGCCAAGUACACCGGACACCACAGUGCCUUCGGCUGUCCGUACUCAGACAUUAACAUGCGUAAGGAGGUGGUGCUUCCUGAUAGGCUGGGAGGAGAGAGAGUCAUCACCCUUGUCCCUGUCACCAUUUAUCACCAUGGCAACCAGUCAGACAGCGGAAGUAUUCAGGUGAAGACGGAGCCCACAGACGAGACUCUGCUGCUUCCUCUGGGGAAGAGAAGAAGACUGACAGACAGACUCUCCCAGCCAACCAAAUUCCUCCGUGUGAAACAGGAAGAGGAGGAGCUUCACGUCACCACCCUCGGUCCAGCAGCAGAGUCCAGUCUGCAGGCCGCCCUCCAUCAGUCUGUCUUCCUGUCGGCCAUGUCGGCGCAGCCCGGCCGCGACCUAUCGCUCUGCUGGGAGCAGCACCGCAAACUACUGCCGGGCGUCGCCGGAGUCCACGCCGAGACCGUCCAACACUGGAGCGUCCAGCAGGUGUCAGACUUCGUUGAGUCUCUUCCUGGCUGUGAGGAACAGGCCAAACAUUUCAGAGAUGAGCAAAUUGAUGGUCGGGCCUUCCUCCUGCUCACCCAACGGGACAUUGUCAGGAUAAUGUCAAUCAAACUUGGUCCCGCCCUUAAAAUCUACAACUCCAUCCUGAUGUUCAAACACGCCGAGGACAGGAGCCAAUCACACACCGGAGAGAGGAGCCAAUCACACGCCGCGGAGAGGAGACAAUCGGACACCGAGGACAGAAGCCAAUCACAUGCCGAGGAGAGGAGACAAUCAGACACAGAGGACAGCAGCCAAUCACACACUGGGGACAUGAACCAAUCACACCUGACACCUGCGACCGACUGACUGACUGAGCCGCUCCGGAAACACCUGAUUGACAACAUCACGGUUCACUUUUCAUCCAGUCGUCAGUCAGGUUUGACAUUCACACUUCUCUCUCAGGUGUUUCUGUCAGCUGGCGGUCACGUGACCUCACGUUUGUUCAUCACAAAGAAGAAAAUGAGACACAGAAAGUUUGUUGACGCCCAGUUCAGCCCCCCUAAAGGAGCCGUGGUGCCUUGAACGCCCGGUUGGUGCGCCGCAGUGUUUAUUUACACGUCACUGCUGAUUGGGUAAGACCUCCACCAAUGAGAGAAGACGCACCUCAGAGCCCACUGCGCACUGUUUCAAGGAAACCUGCUGUUCAACCUGGAAACUCACACAGCGUUUUCAGAUUGAACACCCCGCUGAGCGCCAUUUCAGGCUCCGCCUCUUUGGAGGGACGUGGCUUAGUGCUGGUGUUCCCUUCAGAGAACUAAAGACUGACAGACUGGACUCACCAAAACCAGGAUCGCUGCGCAAAGGACUCCAGGAUGUUGAGGCCUGAAGGACAUAGCUGCUGUGAUGAUGCAGCCUCACCUGGCGAGUCCGUCCCACAGACCCUCGUGUCAAACAGCAGAAACAAACGUGGACAGCCUGGGGCAAAGCACGGGGUGGUCUCUAGAGCUGAUCUCCCCCCCCCUCACCUGGUUUCAUAUGACUCACCACAUGUGGCCAUUUAGGCGAGUCAGGCGCCGCCAAGAUGGUCGGCCUGUGGUGAUGUCACGGAGCGUCCAUGUUUUAUACCGUAUGUGAUUCAGACUGGUCAGGGGGAAGGAGGGGGGGCCUGAAGUGGCCUCAGCUGGACUCAUUCUGUUUCCUCUGUGACAGUCUGGAUAAAGUUUUAUUGAAUUUUCCACAAAACUGGUGGACAUGGCUGCUGCCAGCUGAUUGGCUAAAAACUCUUGACAGGCGCUUCAUAUGUGAUGAAGUUAAGAUCAUAGAUCCCAGAUAUUUGUAACCCGGCUCUUAAUUCCUGUCUGUAAAAGAACAAAACAAAAUGAACCGUGAACACAAAGAAUAAAAAGCUGCGUUCGCUAACGCUUCUCAUAGCUGUGAGAAACGUCUUGACAUGGCGAGAAAGGGCCAGUAAUAAUAUGAAGACACAAUUGUGAGAAAAGAUUUUAUAAUUGUGAGGAAAAAAAACUCACCAUUACGAGUUAAAAUAUUAAUCUGAAUUUAUAUAUUGGUUGGUGAUAAUUAGAUAAAUAGAUUAACGAUGUUCAGUCCUCAUUAAGACCAGAUCCCUGAUGACACGAAUGUAACGGCUCCGGAAUAAACGCCACACAGGAAGCGGUCAGUGACAUCACACUGAGGCUCCGCCCCACUGUAAUGACUCUAAAGACUCUCAGGAUCCGCCUGUCGGGCUUUGUGUGAUGGAGGUUUUUACACUUACGCCUCCUCUGCUGUGAUUGGUCCUUGUGUGGUCAGAGCUCAGUUUUAAUUCCAGAGUUUAUAUUUAUAGUUUUAUUCUCUCUCGUGUUUGAACUUGUCCUGUUUCUCUAUAGAGUUCUAUUUUAAAGUUUAUACACAGGUAUAUAUAUAUUUCUAUUUCUGUCUGGCAUUCAAACCAGGAGUUCACUCUGACUCCGCCUUCCCAGUGAUGUCACUGUGACGUCACGGGGGCGCUCUUGUGCACACGCUCAGUUUGUAUCUCGGGUUUCUAACAGUUCCUCAGGUUUCCACGCUAACGGUGCAUGAAUUUAAACGUACGGGUUGUUUUAAAGUUUCCAACAAUCUGCUGAUGUUUCUGUUCUUUUCUCUGCUGUUUCUGUCAGUGUUUGAUGAGAUUAAUAAAGUUUGUUAUCUGCUGCC